AUGCUGAAAUCCUUGGUUAUUUUGAGUGUUGGCGUGUUGGCAGUGUGCCAAGCCCUCCAAUCGUGUGAAGAUUGUUUGAAAAGUGGAAAUCAUUUCUGCGCCGACACGAAACUUUGCAAUAGUCCAGUGUGUUUGAACUCGAUUACGCACAUCAUCAACUGUCCACGCGCCCCCAAUGCCACUUAUGAUGACAACGAGGCACGUACCAAAUGGUUGCCCCUUUUUGGAGCAAGUGCCACAGGACCCGUACAAGCACAAAAGUGUUUUGACAACAACUGGCCAACGAUGAAACUCUCCAAACACAUCCUUGUCAAUUGCAGUGAUCCGAGCCCAAUUCUUCCAUUAACCACAUGCGCCAUGCUUACCGCCGUUGACACCACCCAAAAAGUGUUGGUCAUGUCGUUCCGUGCGACGAACACCGGCACUCAGUUGGAGGAGAUUCUCAACUAUUUUGUGGCGAAGAAACCGUUUUUCGACAGUGGAUACGUUUUCGAGUUCUUCUACGAUGCGUAUGUGGCACUUUGGAAAGGGGGACUGGAACAGGAGAUGAGAAAUUUAAAGUACAAGUAUCCGGAUUAUGAAGUUUGGGUCACCGGUCACUCCCUGGGAGCCGCGUUAGCGUCUGUAGGAGCUUCUUGGGUGGUCAAAGCUGGUCUUUUCAAGCCAGACAACAUCAAACUCCUUACUGCUGGACAACCACGUACCGGAGACUACGCUUACUCGUUGUGGCAUCAGAAUACGUUCGCCUACUCAUUCCGUGUCGUUCACGCUCACGAUAUUGUGCCCCAUGUGCCCUUCCAAUACGAGUUGGUUGAUCACGACAAGAUGUAUCAUCAUAGAACUGAGAUUUGGUACAACAAUGACAUGUCGGUCGGCUCCACCUACCAUGUCUGUCAAGAGGCCGAUGGCUUCUAUUGCUCCAGCCAGAACGCCGAUUUGAGCUGGAACGACCACACCCACUAUUUCAACACCGAUUUGGAUGGUUACGGUAACCAAGGGUGCCCGAAGAAGCAAUAA